UCACGCUGUUCGAAUGGCGGCCCCGCUGCUUCACACGCGCCUGCCCGGCGAUGUGGCGCCUACGGCCUCUGCCACGCUGAGUGCGUCGCGGACUGGACUUUCAGAUAUGCUUGCGUUAGAGAGUGAUUUCUUCAAUUCUCCCCCAAGAAAAACUGUUCGGUUUGGUGGAACUGUGACAGAAGUCUUACUGAAAUACAAAAAGGGUGAAACAAAUGACUUAGAAUUGUUGAAGAACCAGCUGUUAGAUCCUGACAUAAAGGAUGACCAGAUCAUUAACUGGCUGCUGGAAUUUCGUUCCUCUGUCAUGUACUUGACAAAAGACUUUGAACAACUUAUAAACAUAAUAUUGAGAUUGCCCUGGUUGAGUAGAAGUCAGACAGUGGUGGAGGAGUAUUUGGCUUUUCUUGGUAAUCUUGUGUCAGCACAGACUGUCUUCCUUAGACCGUGUCUCAGCAUGAUUGUUUCUCAUUUUGUACCUCCCCGAGUGAUUGUUAAGGAAGGUGGCGUAGAUGUUUCAGAUUCUGAUGAUGAAGAUGACAAUCUUCCUGCAAAUUUUGACACAUGUCACAGAGCCUUGCAAAUAAUAUCAAGAUAUGUCCCAUCGACACCAUGGUUUCUAAUGCCGAUAUUGGUAGACAAAUUUCCAUUUGUGAGAAAAUCAGAGAGAACUUUGGAAUGUUAUGUUCAUAACUUACUAAGGAUAAGUUUAUAUUUCCCAACUUUGAGGCGUGAAAUUCUGGAGCUUGUUAUUGAAAAGUUAUUGAAGUUAGAUGUGAGUGUUUCCCGGCAGGAUAUUGAAGAUGCUGAAGAGACUGAAGCUCAGACUUGUGAUGGGACAGAUACCACAGAAGGAUUGUUUGAUAUGGAUGAAGAUGAGGACCCUGAACCUGAAAAGAAAGCUGACCUGGAGCAGCCUAGCCAGAUGGCUCAUCCCACCGCAGAGCGCUUGGACAUCCUGUUCUCCUUGCUGCUGUCCUACAUUGAGGAUGUCUGCCGUGUGGAUGGUAAGAUUGAUAACAAUAAAACAAAGGAUUUAUACCGUGAUCUGAUAUCCAUCUUUGACAAACUCCUAUUGCCCACACAUGCUUCUUGCCAUGUACAAUUCUUCAUGUUUUUCCUUUGCAGCUUCAAAUUGGGAUUUGCAGAAGCAUUUUUGGAACAUCUCUGGAAAAAGUUGCAGGAUCCAAAUAACCCUGCCAUCAUCAGGCAAGCUGCUUCAAAUUACAUUGGGAGCUUUUUGGCAAGAGCUAAAUAUGUUCCUCUUAUCACUGUAAAGUCAUGCCUGGAUCUUUUGGUUAACUGGCUGCACAUGUACCUUGAUAACCAGGAUUCAGGAGCAAAGGCUUUCUGUGACGUUGCACUUCAUGGACCAUUUUAUUCAGCCUGCCAAGCUGUGUUCUAUAUUUUUGUUUUUAGACACAAGCAACUUUUGAGUGGCAACUUGAAGGAAGGUCUACGGUAUCUUCAGAGUUUAAACUUUGAGCGUAUUGUGCUGAGCCAGCUAAACCCUCUGAAGAUCUGCCUGCCAUCAGUGGUUAAUUUUUUUGCUGCUGUCACUAAUAAAUACCAGCUCGUGUUCUGCUACACCAUCAUGGAGAGGAACAGUCGCCAGAUGCUCCCUGUUAUUAGAAGUACAGCUGGUGGGGACUCUGUGCAGACCUGCACCAACCCACUGGACACUUUCUUUCCCUUUGACCCUUGUGUGCUUAAGAGGUCAAAGAAGUUCAUUGAUCCUAUUUAUCAGAUUUGGGAAGACAUGAUUGCUGAAGAGCUGCAAGUGUUUAAGAAACCCACUAAAGAGGACGUAGUUGAGGAUGAAGACGAUGACUUUUUGAAAGGUGAAGUGCCCCAGAGUGACACAGUGAUUGGCCUUACCCCGAGCUCGCUCGACACCCACUUCCGAAGCCCUUCCAGUAGCAUGGGCUCCCCACCUGUGCUGUAUAUGCCAGACCAGUCCCCAGUCAUCUCCAGGAUCUGUGAUUGAGCUGUACCACUGGACCCCACGUUAGACUGGUCUGUGCCUCCUAUAUCCAGCUUCUGUGUUGGACUUGGGCCAGUGUCUGAAGGGACCCAAGUUGUGUGUGUUUGCAGUUUGUUCCCUGUGGACAGAAGGAAAGAGCCAGUGUCACAUGUAGUAUUUUACAGUGGGCCUAGCAAUUGGUGCCCAUACUUCAUGUGUCAGCUUAAUGUGUAGUGUGUGCCUGUAGCCUUCUGUGGAACUCCUGGGUGCAUGCCUGCAUCAGCCACAGCCUGGCAGGUGCCUUCUGACAGGGUUCUUUUUUUCGGAACCACAGUCACUUGACUGUGUUGGUCUUGUUUUGGGGAGAAUUUCUCCAGGAUCAGCCCUGCCUGUGAUACUCUUAACUGGAUCCUGCUUACAGUGGCAUAAUGGUUUCCUUGUGACUAGGAGUGUAUAGUGUUGGGUACAGAGGGAAAUGCCAGGUAGCAGUGACAUGCUGGGUGUUUGGGCUGUGUUCACUGAGGAAACAGAAGGACUGCAGAGGUACAAAGAAGCUGGGAGGUAAGAGACGAUACAGAGAGACACAGAAAGGCACCUGUGCAGGGUUCGGCAUUAGCUCAGCUGACUGAAGCGGGCCUGGGUGUCUAACCAUUCCAUAGCUUACACAGCAUGGACUCAGCCAGGAGAGCUGUUUGUUUGUUAAAUAGCCAGCCUUGCUGGUAACAGUUGUGGACUGUGGAGGUAACCCUCCCUUGGAUCGUUACAUGUAAACUUUGGUGUUUGUGAAAAUGGCUCUUUAUAUUUAAUUUUUUGCCAUUUAUAUUUAUUUAAAGGUAAACAAUAUUUUCUUGGUCACAAUAUUUUUUAAUAGAAUUCCUUUCAAGGUUUAUAUACCCUUGUGUAAUAACACUGAUGUAGAAUCCCUGGGUUUCAGUCUACUUGUGAAUAUCUUUUUUGGAACAAAGAAAUUUUUAUUGCUUUAAAAACUUUCUAAUGAGGCAGGCAAAUCCCUCAGUUCCAAGCCAGCCUUGGUGAAAAGUCACUAGGAAAUCUCAAUGUAAUUCAUUCUCUGUCUCCUCUCUCUCUCUUUCCCUCCCUCCCUCCCUCCCUCUUUCCUUUCUUCUUUCUUUUGAGACAGGGUUUCUCUGUGUAGUCCUGGCUCUCCUGGGACUCACUCUGUAGACCAGGCUGGGCUCAAACCCAGAGAGCCUGUCUCUAUCUCUGGGGUGCGGGGUACCACUACCACCCAGCUUACAGUUCUUUUUUUAACUGCUGAUAGAAAGAUGCAAGGAAAUUGCAUCUAUUGGUGCUGAUGGGGUGUGAGGUUUGGGAAGUAGCUAGAAUGUAGAAGGUAGAAGAUUACAAAGGGGUUUGAAGAAAAAUUCAUUGUGAAAAUGAAAGAUUGGCAUGACUCACUUGGCUCCCCUACUCAUGCCAAUGGAGGGCCUUAAUAAAGUGUCUUGACAGUGUUCCCCUGGUUAGUGUGUUUGAAUCUUAGCAUCCUGAUCCAUUGGUAACUGGGAUGGUUCAGGAACAAAUGGGCACUGGUUAGGAUGUUGUCUGAACAAGCCCAUGAAAAACUUCAGAGAAAUUUUAUGAUUUCUGAGUAUGGUGAUACGCUCCUGUAAUUUCAGCAUGUGGGAGGCUGAAGCAGGAACAUUUUACGUUAAAUCCAGACAUAGAUGUUUUUGAAAAGCUAAACAUUUUUGGGAAAAAUUGUUGAACUCCCAUUGGAAAACAAAGAGCAUUUUCUUUUUGGUACUGAGGAUGGAAACCAGGGUCUUACACAUAAUAUGCACCUAGCUAGGUCUCGUUUCUCUUGAGGUGAGAGGAGUUGGCAAGCACUGUGUGAUUUCCAGCCGUGUCCUUGGUGGUGUCAGUGGGGACUGGAGGGCUCUGCAUGCAUGGUAACUGCCUUCCUGGUGAUUUCUUAAACCAGUAGAGCCUCUGUGGCUCAGAGGACACAUGGCAUGCUUUCAGGCUGUGUAUUUCAGGCUGUUGUUGCAGGUUGGGUCUCGAAUUUGUCGUCUGGUUGCUCAGCUCUUGUAUGCCUUCAUGUUUGGCUUUUAGUCUCAUAUACAGGCUGUAAGCUGCACUCAGUGCUUCGGGAUUCUUCCACUGUUUGCCAAGUUUCUGUAUAAUGCUCUUUGCUUUUUUUUGUAGCCUGGCUGACCUGGAACUAGCUCUGUAGCCCAGGCUGGCCUUGAACUCGAGAUCCACCUGCCUCUGCCUCCCUAGUGCUAUGAUUAAAGAUGUGUACUAAUGACCCGAAUACAUAAUGCGUAAAAAACAAAACAACUCAUUUUCCCUGCUAAGUGGUGCACUUCAGGUUCAGCUACGACAGUGUGCUUCCACUGACCUACACUCAGCUUCCCUGCAUCCAGUUUGUAAAAUUAUAUACAUUUAUGGAGAAGAUAGUGUACAGUUUAGCACUUUCUACCCGUAAGCCUUUAACCAUUGUUCAGGGAACCUUCAAAUUUCUGUUAUCUGGUUCUGUAUAAACUGUGUGAUUCAAAGCUACAAUCAGGCUGGAGGUGGAUGUGUGGAAGACAGGUUCUGUUGACAACACCCACAACAGGUGGCUCAAACAUUCUGCCUUUUCUGGGCACCUGCACUCACAGCACACAUAAAUCCUAGUAGAAAUAAAAAAGCCAAAAUCUCAGUACUUUUGAGGCUAAGACAGGACUGCCAUGAGUUUAAGAUUAAGCUAGGCCAUACAGUGAGUUCCAAGCCAGUUAGUUGCAGAGUUGAGCACCUGUGUUGUGAUUGUCUUAGGAGCCAUGCAACUGUCACUGGGGAGUUCAGCUGAGCCUCUUGCAAAAGAAUGAUCCCAGCUGGUCUUGUUGACUAUUUGCAUCCUGACACUGGGGUAGAAAGGGUGGUGGGACAGUGGGACACUCGGCUAAGGAUGCAGCUGUGCCUUGUCACCAUUUGUUAGAAACUCGGCCUUAACUGAGUGGUGCAUCAGAGUAGUUAGGCCUCUGAAGACUAGGGAGGUCCUCUUACUCCUGCUGGGCAAAGACCUUCCAGAUGCAGCUUGUUGGGUGGGGAUACCCACAUCUCUGUUGCACAAACAGAAAUGACACAAACUGCAGUUAUCUGGGAAGGGGAACCUCAGUUGAGGAAAUCCCUCUAUUGGGCUGGCCUGUAGGCAAGUCUGGAGGGCAAUUUCGUUUUUAAUGAUCGAUGUAAAAGUGUCCAGCCCUCUGAGGGAAAUACCACUCAUAGGCGUGUGGUCCUGGGUGCCAGAAGAAAGCAGGCUGGCUGCACAAGUCACUGAGUAGGUUCCCAUGGCCUCAAGUUCCUGCCCUGACACUUUCUUUCAUGCUGGACUACAGUUGUAAAUGAAACUCCUCGCCAAUCAAUCUCUUGGACUUCUGAAACAGUGCAUCCCAAAGAAAUAGGAAUUUCUGCGGGAAGAAGGAAAAGGCACCAACCAGAGGGAGAACCUGUCUCCAGGAGAGAGUUCAGAAUUCUAACAACUUGUCAGACCACAGAAUGAGACAAGCUGAGAUAAUGAUGGCUUGACCCAAGUCAGCAGGAAUAAGGUUCUCAGACACAGUGAGGUGUUAAGUGGGAGCACAAGGGUUGAGAAACAGGAGGAAUAAAGACAAAAACUAUAAUAGCCAGGACCAAAGAGUUCUUCCAGAGGCUGAUGACUUAGAUGAGGCACUGUCUCAGGUCAGAACUAAUGUUCCUUCUCUUUUCAUCAAGGCUUCUUAAGUCUUGGGUUGAUUUGGCUCCCACAAUGGGUCAGUGGUCUGCUUUGAUGUGCUUUGACCUCAAGAAGAUGGACUUGGGUUUCCUGGACCUCUUCGUCCCUCAUCCCAAUGUGGCCGCAUCCAAUAAAUCUCCCUUUUCUGCUUUUUACUUUUAA